GCCCGGGGCGGGCUGGGCGGCGCGGGGCCAGAGCCGGGCUGGCGGGCCGGGGCGCAGGGCGCUGCGGCUGCAGGCGGGUUUGUGCCCCAGCAGGCAGGGAUGCUGCCCGCAGGGGAUGGAGACUGCACCGCCUGGCUGGGCAGAGGAGGAGGAGAGCAUGGGAAGGAAGGAAAUGGUCUCUUAUCCAAGCAGCGCAAGGCUAAGUCAGCGGCUCUUUGUCUGAGCUGUGCCUUGUCCAGUUUCCUCCUGUGCAGCCGUCAUCCCAACGUGCCUGCCUGCCUUGGGGAAGCGACACGCGAGCCCUUCCAUCUGGGCACAGUCAACACAUGACAGUGGGAGUUUGGUCAGUAUUUACCUGGCUCAUUCAAGCUAUCUUUGUUUUAACCAUUGGAUAGAAGAAAAAUAUGAUGCCAAACCGAGGUAACUUCUCCUCUUUCCAGAGCAUUCAAACAGAUCCCAGUAAGAUUAUGGCAGAAUAUAGCCUCAUACAAAACCAGAUGGAAUUACAAAAUGCUAGUUUAGGGAAAAGUUCUGUGGCAAAUUCCCUUGAAAACGAUCUCCAAGAUAUUAUGGAUAACCUCAGCUCAAAGAAAUAUUCAUCAAGCCUUAAAUUUAAAACAAAUGGGGAUUACGUUGGUUCCUAUUUAACCCUGUCACAACCUGUGUCAACUAAAUCCAGUCCUUCAUCCAGUGUAAAAAAUAUGCAUUCUGCUACCAGAAUUCCGGGAGGUAAGCUGUUCUCUUGUGACAGCCCUUACUUUUCAGAAAAAAGUGUCUCUGUAAAGCCCAUGAGUUCCAUUUCAAGUACUUCUCCAUCCCUCAGUGGGUACAAUCUAGGAAGGAGCGACUUUGACAUUCAUGUCAACAGAGAAAACGAGAAAUCCUUUGGACAUGUGGAUCAAUUUCACUAUUCCAAGUAUAGUCAAAAAAAUAAAUCGUAUGACAAUGUCUACUUCCCAGGAACACUGGACGGGAAGAAAAACUCAGGCUCUCUUCUUACAAUGUGGAAUGGAAGCUCAGGGAGUGAAAUGAUGCUUUCACCUGUUAGCACUUCAGGAGCAGCGAGCAUGCCUUCCAGCCCAAAGCAGAGCAGGAGGAUGAAUAUUCAAGAUAGUCUAAAUCUUCAUCCAAGACCAGUGAAACACAAGGAGGUGAUGACUGAAGCUUUGGGUUCAAGAGCUAGGAAAUAUUCUGGUGGGUCUCUUAGUCAUAUGGGAGUUUAUAGUCGUUCUCUGCCUAGACUGUACAAAUCGACAGAAAGCCAGCUGAUGCCAUUAAGUUUGCCACCAAGAAACUCUCUUGGUAACUCCAAGAGGAAAAAGCAUGGAGAAAAAGAUCUACCUCAAAGUGCACUAGAUGCUGAUAAUUACCUUAAUUUUUCUUCUUGCAGCUCAGAGGUUUCACCGUUUAUAAAUUCUGCAUCUGAUAAUAAUUCCUAUGUUAGCUCAGCUCUUUGUGUUCCUUCAAGCCCUAGGCUAGCUAAAAAAAUGCUUUUAGCAUCUUCUUCUUCAUAUGUUUCUGAUGAUUUUGAUAGACUUGGACUCUCAGGGACAAGCCCCAGUAACUCAUUCUCCCCUGUGGAUAUUGACAGAUCAUUCUCUGUCAGAAGAAACCUUUCCACUAGUUCCAUGGAGUUUGAUGAAACGGAGUUGGAAAGCUUCCGACAAACACCAACUUCUUUGCCCCCUUCCAUUCGAGAGAGAAAGAACAGUAUUAGUUCAGUGACUGGAAGAGAAGACCUAAUGGACUAUCACCGGAGACAGAGGGAAGAGAGGCUUCGAGAACAGGAGAUGGAACGACUGGAGCGACAACGACUGGAGACUAUCCUCAGUUUGUGUGCAGAAUACUCCAAACCUGAUAGUGACCCUGCUGCUGCCGCCACUGUUGCUGAUGUUCAGAAAAUUAACAAAGAACUUGAAAAACUUCAACUGUCAGAUGAAGAUUCAGUAUUUGAAGAUUCUCAAAUUAAUCCAGAAACGAGAUUUAGAAACCACUUGAAAUUGUCAACAAGCGAUUCUGAUUUCUCAGAGUUGAGUAAUGUCAGUCGAAGUGCUUGCUCCUUCCUCUCCUCUAGAGGCAUUAGAGCUGAUGAACAUAUUGGUGAAAAUAUGAAAACUCCACCUUUAGUUUCUUCUGCUUUCCUGAAGGAUUCCAAUGAAUCUUCUUACCUAAGCAUCACACCAAAGACAUCAGAACGCACAAGCAGUGAACAAAGAGGGCACGAACUUGGUCAGCUGGAGGAGGAGCGCAUAGCAGUAUUAAAUAAUUUGGAGGAACUUGAACAGAAGAUCAAAGAUUUAAAUGACCAGAUGGAUGAAUCUUCAAGAGAGCUGGAUAUGGAAUGUGCCCUUUUGGAUGGGGAACAGAAAUCUGAAACAACAGAACUUCUGAAAGAGAAGGAAAUAUUGGAUCAUCUAAACAGGAAGAUAGCUGAGCUGGAAAGAAAUGUUAUUGGCGAAAAGACAAAGGAAAAAAUAAAGCUUGAGGCUGAGAGGGAAAAACUAGAGAGGCUUCAGGAGCUUUACUCCGAGCAGAAGACCCAACUUGAUAAUUGCCCUGAGUCCAUGAGGGAGCAAUUACAGCAACAGCUCAAGAGGGAUGCUGAUCUGCUGGACAUAGAAAGCAAACACUUUGAAGACCUGGAGUUUCAGCAGCUUGAGCAUGAGAGUAGGUUAGAUGAGGAGAAGGAGAAUCUGACACAGCAGCUGCUGCGUGAAGUAGCUGAGUAUCAGCGCAGCAUUGUCAGUAGAAAGGAGAAGAUUUCUGCUCUCAAGAAGCAAGCUAAUCAUAUUGUCCAGCAAGCUCAGAGAGAACAGGAUCAUUUUGUAAAAGAAAAGAAUAAUUUAAUAAUGAUGCUGCAAAGGGAAAAAGAGAAUCUUUGUAAUCUGGAAAAGAAGUAUUCUGGACUUUCUGGAGGAAGAGGAUUUCCUGUCAGUCCAAGUAGUCUGAAAGAGGGUUAUAUCAGUGUAAGUGAAAUUAGUGAGCUGUAUGGCAAUUCCACGAAUAUACCCCCUUCCACUCAGCCCCCCACAGAUGCUGACGCUGUUGCUACCGAGCCUUCCACGGCUGUGCUGGUGAGCCAGCCACAAAAUAAAGAGCACUUUAGAAAUCUGGAAGAAAGAAAGAAACAGCACAAGGAAGGCAUGUAUAUGAGUGAUACUUUACCUCGCAAGAAAACUACUCCCUCUGUAUCACCGCACUUCAAUAGUUCUACUCUUGGACGAAGUGUAAAUCCCAAAGGUCAUUUACCUCUAGGACAGAGCAACAGCUGUGGCAGUGUACUUCCUCACUGUCUGGCAACCAUGACCAAAGAGUCAGAACCAAGAAGAAUGCAUAAAGGAGCAAUUAGUCAUUCCAAAGGUUCAAGUAUUAAAGGGUAUAAUCAUCAACAUAUAUGUGAAGAACAAAGACAGAAGUCUCCUGAAUUCUACAGCAGAACUGCAUCUGAAUCUAAUGUGUAUUUAAAUAGCUUUCAUUACCCUGAUCACAGUUACAAAGAUCAUGCUUUUGAUACAUUAAGCUUAGAUAGUUCUGACAGUAUGGAGACCAGCAUAUCUGCAUGUUCACCUGAUAAUAUUUCCAGUGCCAGCACUUCAAAUGUUGCAAGAAUAGAAGAGAUGGAGAGACUUUUGAAACAAGCUCAUGCUGAAAAAAACCGACUGCUGGAAUCCAGGGAAAGGGAAAUGGAAGCUAAAAAAAGAGCACUGGAAGAGGAAAAACGUCGCAGAGAACAACUAGAGAAAAGAUUAGAAGAAGAAACUAGUCAGAGACAAAAAUUAAUUGAAAAAGAAGUCAAAAUACGUGAGAAACAAAGAGCACAGGCCCGUCCCUUAACUCGCUAUUUGCCAAUUAGAAAAGAAGACUUUGAUCUACGAAGUCACAUUGAAACAGCUGGACACAACAUUGAAACCUGUUACCACAUCUCACUGACUGAGAAGACAUGCCGAGGCUUUUUGAUUAAGAUGGGAGGAAAAAUUAAAACAUGGAAAAAACGAUGGUUUGUUUUUGACAGAAACAAGAGAACAUUUUCAUAUUAUUCAGACAAACAUGAAACUAAAUUAAAAGGAGUAAUAUAUUUCCAAGCCAUUGAAGAAGUCUAUUAUGAUCACUUAAAGAAUGCUUAUAAGAGUCCUAAUCCAUUACUCACUUUCAGUGUUAAGACACAUGACCGGAUAUAUUACAUGGUUGCCCCAACACCAGAAGCCAUGAGGAUAUGGAUGGAUGUAAUAGUUACAGGAGCAGAAGGCUACACACAUUUUAUGUUAUAAAAUCAAGUAACAGCUCAUUCAUGGGACAUACUGCAAUCAUCUUAUGCAUUUAACCAUAUGCAAUCAAGUUUUGGUAUUUUUCACAAGUAUCCUCCCUAUGAUGUGCAUGCAAGCUCUGAAAAUGAAAGGGUUUAUGAACGCAUUGAAAAGGGGGACUGGUUGCUUACUUUAGUUGCUAAUUAUGGUAACAAAAGAACUGAAGUUGUAGAAGGAUCAUUGUGCACCCACAUGGAUAACCAAGUUGACUUAAACAUAGUGUUUUGAUUGAAUGGUUAUUUCUUACAAAUUCUCCUACACAGAAAGUGUGCUUAUAAACUCAUACUAAACAGUUUACAAAAUGGUUUGUGUGUGCUCAUUGAUAUGCAGAUGUUUUAGUAAUGGAACAGAAAGGUAUAAUAGCAUAUAUUUUAAUAUGCAGUAAUUGACAUUUAUAAGUGAUUAGCUGACUUUUUAAAUUUCUUUCACUUAAGUAUUUUUUUAAUAAAAAAGUAGCCCGACAGUACAUGCAGUUCUUACCUUAGUAGUUAAGUGUAUUACUACCAAGCCAAAGAUUUACAUGAUUCCUCUUCAGGAAUGAUUUCAAAUUAUUAGCUGCGCUUUAGCUUUCUGUAGUGGAACAAUGCCAUUUUCCCCUAAAUUUUAAUAUAAUUCUAUUGCUACAGUAUUCUUAAAUUACCAGUGGCACAAACUGUAUGUAUAAAGCCACUUCAGCUCAGGAACAAAAAGCAGCAGUGUAACUUUUAUAGAACAAGGUAAAAUUGAGCUGAAACAAGAAUAUCAGCUAAACUAGAGGCAUUCUGAGCUCCACAUGCUGAAUACACUAUGUUGAUUCUUUGUCUGGAUCUUUAAGCAAUUUUGGUCUCAUACAACUAAGUCUUGCUAUCAAUAUGAUUCUAAUCCAAUGGUUCUCAACCUCCGUUAGACUCAAGGCACCACUCAGAAAAUGCCAGCUCUUACCUUUCACUAAUUUUUUUGACUAUGGAAAAAUGACAAGCUCAAAGAACUCGGAUCACAACAGGUCAUCAUGUUUUUGGCACUAUGGAUUCCUGUGUGAAAACUCUGAGUUUAUCUUGUAAAACAUAUGUAGGUGUUUGCACACCCAACAGUACUAAUACUGUGCAGCACCCCCUAAAAGUAUCUUAGAGCAUCCCAUGGUGCUACAACACCCUGCUUGAAAAUCACUAAUCUUAAAUGGCUUUUCUGGAUGCCUAUACACAUGCUUAGGAGUGGGAAGUAGGGUUUUAAUUAAAGUGGUUUCCGGAGAGCUGCUCUAACUAAAACGCCUCACUGUCGCAUGUAUUAACCCCCUGUACUUUUAAAAAUGGCUGUGGAACACUUUAUCUCAACCUCAUUUGACAAGGUUUAAAUAAAGCACCCCUACAGCCAUUGUAAAACACAAAGGAGUUUAUACACUUGACAGUGAGGCUAUGCUGGAGCAUUCUAAUUAGAAUGUGGAACAGACUCGAUUAAUCAAGUCUGCUCUGAUGCAUUCUAAUUAGAAUUUAAACCAGUACAUGUAUAGGCAGCAGCUUCUGUGCCUAAAUCUAAGACAGUUGAACAUGAUGUGGUGACCUCAGUGAUACCAGUGGCUGAUUCUACUGAAGUCACUGCCUGAACUCUUAUUGACUUAAGUGAGGCAAGUAUUUUAAGGAGCAAAUUUUUCAAGGUAGGCGUUGGCUUAGAAUUUGGUUAUGUUAUACAGUAGGUUAGAGCUGAAAGGGGUCAAACCCUAAGUGUGUGCUAAGCAGUAAUAUAAACACAAAACUUAACUAUGAAAAGUGACAACCCCCCCACUUUUUUUUUAAACAAAAGAGGAUAAAAGGAUCUGUAUGUUAAACUGGAUACGUUCCUUGCAAAUAUUCUUCUAUUUUAAAUCUUUUUCUCACCCUUGAUAAUUGUUGUGUAACAAUAAAAUAUUAAUGAAUGGAACCUAAACUUAAAGGAAAUCUUUUAUAUAAUUUUAUGAAGUUUUUAGUAUUCUGGAUUUUUGUGUGCCAUAAUGAACAUGUAAUUGAAGCAGACAAAAUAAUGACCUACCUCCCUCCAAAAAAGAUAAUGGCAUUUGAUUAAGCAAAUUGAAAGCUGAAAGCAGAAAUAAAUAUGCUUACUCAAUAUAUUGAACGAUUUAAAUUUCAGUAUCUGGCAUGUACAGGUAUGAAAUAGUUUUUUGUGGUAUACACAGGUCACACAGUUCUAGAAGUAUAUUAUUAGAUGUGACAUGCACCAGAUUUGACAUGAAUCCUGAAAGAUUGAAUUUAUCACAAAGGAUAAUGUUUCUCUUCUGUGCAGAUCACAACUACAAGAAUCUUGUAAUCUAAUGAGAUUAAAACAUAAAAACAAAAUCAGAAAUGAAUUACUUUGGUUUCUGUAAUUAUAUAUUUUUUUCUGAUGUACCUUGAUUUUACUUCUAAGUAUGGUUACACAAGUUUUCUAAUUGAGAUUUUUGUAUCCUGCAUGAUGCAAUGAAGAUGGUAAAAUAAAUGUUUUUAAAAAGA